GCGAGUCCGAGUGUAGUACGAUCUCAGGUUCAGCGAAGUGACCGUUCUUGCGGGUUAAGACGACCUCCUUCGUGCGUCUUGUUGUCGCGACGUUUCUGCAUCUAUUCGUGGUUGACCGUCUUCUUUCCAUGGUAAAACAAAGGCUCGUUUCGUUCUCGCCCUCAGAUCUGCCCUAUUACACCCAGGUAGUGAAUCUUCUUUGACCCACCAGGAUGUUAUGACCUGUAGCGCAGCCUUUCGUCAUGUUUCUGCUUCCGUGAAGCCCGACGUGCUUCGGUAGAAGUAGAGUGGGCACUCCCUACUCUCUUGCAGUUUACGGACACGCUCGUCUCCGAAAGUACGAAAGGCCGGUUGCGGUACUUUUGCCCGCGCGGAAGAUUUUUUGGCAGAAGCACUGCCAAGGAGGAGCGUCCCGGGAAUCAUGUCAAACUCCAACAAUUUAAAGAGCCGCGCGGUGAAGCCCGGAGGGAAAGACGCUGGAGCAACAGCAGCUACAUCCAAAGCAAACAUCGAUGCUGCACUGAAAAAGAAAAAGCAAGCCGGUAGCGGUCCGUUCAGCUUGGCGAACUUGGCGAUAAUAGGCAUACUGAUCGGGGUUUUAGCAGCGGUCUACAUGUUUGUCCUGCAACCACAAGAAACUUCUUCCGAAAAGAAAGCAGCAAAGAAAGAGCGGAAACUGCAGUCCAAAAACGAAAAACAAAAGGACGUGAAGUUGGUAAAGGAAGGCGCUUUCACGGAGAGCGUAAACGAGGGGAUAAGAGAGGAAGGGGAUGUUAACCGGAAGGAGGUUGAUGAGUCACCGUAUUAUCAGGAGAAACCGGUAUAGAAUGAUUUCGUAGGUGUUUGAUGGUUGCUUCUGUGCAUGACAAAAUCCAGGUUCCUUGGUUUGGCUUUCUAUAUGUAGCGAAAGUUGGAUUGGUUGGCACUUGUUGGCGAAGUUUGGCUAAGUGGGAUAAGUUGGCGUAAAGUGAGUAGGUAUCGUGGCCGGGAGAUGAUGGUGAUGGCAUUUCGAUGUCCGCCUGACCCACCUUCCCUGCGUGACAGCCAUCUGCGGCCGUUUGCACAGGGGGAGGCAAAGUGUGUCGCACUUCGGUUUAGCAUGGCAAAAUCCAGGUAGGUAUGCUGUUGUUUUUGCAACUCGGAUACAAAAAACCCAGAUCGCCUUUCCCAAGCCGCCAGAUGUCCGUCCGGCAAAGUGCUUACAGAAGGAGGCGCUCUACGACACGGGCAACCUCACGGUGUCCAUCGUGAUCCCCUACCUCAGGGAAAAAUACCAGCACAUCAAGGGAACAGUCGGAAGCAUUCUAGCGCACACGCCAGCGCGGUUGUUGAAAGUAUCAAGUGCAAAAAUGUCUGGGUCUGGAAGGAUGCAAGGUUUGUCGUGCUUGUCUGGCAUAACUCUGAAAUCUGUCAUGCGCGUUACCCAAGAGCUCCACUUUUCUGUGAUGCAGAAACGCAGUUUGUCAUGCAGAAUAGGCAACACCUAGAAGCUCAGAAACUUGUCAUGCUGAGGCAGCAUUUGUGGCCUCGUCAUGAGACGCCACCCAGCAUCACAAGUUUCCAGACCCAGACAUUUUUACAGUUGAUAGAAAGAAAUCGUUUUCAUAUCUGACGGUAACACUAACGAGGAGGCACAUGAGGCGAAGAUUUUGAAGCUCAGUCCGCUAACCAGGGUGAUCAGGCUGCCAACACGGUAUUGUUGUGUUUGUUGGUAUGACAGGGGUACUUAUGGUGUAAUGCAAACACACGCCUGCUGCUGCUUGUGCUUGCAUGACAAUGGACAAAUGAUAAUUAUGAUCAAUUCGCAGGCACGGCUUAAUUUACGCGAAGGAGCGUGGGGCACGGGAAGCGAAGGGCGAUAUCGUGAUGUUCUUCGAACCGCAUUGCGUCGUGGGUUACAAAUGGCUGGAGCCGUUAGUGCACAUGGUGCAGAAGAAGCCAAAUUCGCUGGUAUAGGUUCUGUUUACGUGUUUUGUUGUUGCUGUGAAUCAUGCAGCAUGACAAGUUGCUUUUCUCAUGUACAGCACCGCAUGACACAAUUGAACAAGUAAUCCCCCUCCACACAGAUCCUCCCCACCCUGGACUACAUUCCGCAAGACAACUGGAACGCGUAUUCGAAAGCCUCCUUUGGCCGCUACCGCUUCGAGUGGAAUUUCAACCUCAUUUACACCAAUCCGCCCACCGGGGUGGAUCCGGAGACAAGCAGACCGUUCUUUGCGCCGGCGACCUCCGGGGGGAUCUUCGCGAUUCGGAAGGACCGGUUUUUGGAACUGAAACUGUUUGACGUGCCCAUGCACCAGUGGGGCGGAGACCAGAUUGAAUUGUCAUUCAAGGCCUGGCGGUGCGGCGGCAGCAUUCUGGUGGUACCGUGCAGUCGGGUUGGGCAUUUGUUCCGCGACGUGGCCUUCAGACCCUACCCAGUGGAUGUGCCACAGGUAAAUCUUGAAACAUUUGUCAUGCAACACCUGCUUUAGGUGGAUAUUAGCAACGAUGAUGGUAUAAUUUGUCAUGCAAAUGUUUUCUAGCCCUGAUUUUUUUGUCAUGCUGGAAGCCUCAAACCACCAUUCUCCAGGUCGUCGAAAAUUACGCCAAACUGGCCCGGGUGUGGCUGGAGCAGCCGUAUUACGAGAGUGCACAACUCCCCCUCUUGCUCGUUUGUCAUGCAAAAUACCCAAUCCACCCUUUGCCCUUUGGCGCUGUUUGCAUGACAAGUUCUGGUACCCCAACCAGCACUUUAAUCCAGUGAAAAUUUGUCAUGCAAAACCGGCACUCUUAGUCAUGCUCGUACUGCCGUUCAUGCUAGACAAAUGAGAGGGAGGGGGAGUUGUGCGUCGUUAUACGUACCUCGAUGCGUUUUUGAAAGUGAAGCCGGAAUCGGCCCGCAUGGCGCUGGACGCGAACCUCACCGAAUCGAGGAAUAACAUGGCGAAUUUGAAAUGCAAGUCCAUGGACUGGUACGUGCACCACGUCGACCUGGAGCUCGGCUGGGAAUCAACGCGGAUCUGCAUCUACCAAAUGCAAAUAUGUCUGGGUCUGGAAAGUUGUGAUGCUAAUGCCGGAAUCGAUACGCAACCUGUAUUGCGGGGCCGCGCAUGACAAGUUUCUCAGCGGCCAUGUCUAGCGUCCACCGCAUGACAAAUCGCGUUUGUGCAUGACAAACAAGUGGCACUGUAGCACAAUAAGCAUGACAAGACGUUUUGUUUUGCGGCGCUGAUGUGGCACAACAAGCAUGACAAACACCUUACAUUCCUCCUGACCCAAAAAUGUUUGGAGUGCACAGUAUCCCCGGGGCGCACAAUCACCCGUCGGGCUGUAUGGUGUUCUCAACUGUUACAUUCUCAACUGUUGCGUGAAUUUGUGACGCAAGAGUUGCAAAAGUGAAAGGGGAGAGGUUGCACUUCUAGCAUUACAAGUUUUCCACAGAUUUAGGCACUGUUUAGCCCUUCGCAACUUUGUCAUGCGAAGCAGCUUUCCCGUGUGAGUCUUCAUGGUAGUUCUGCAUGACAAAACGCACUUGUUGGCGCAAUGUAAGGAUCGUUGGCGAACGUUAAACGCACCUGUUGGCACAAAGUAUGGAUCGUUGGCGAACGUAAAACGCAUUGUUGGCGCAAAGUAUGGUUUCCGUUGGCGAAAAGUUGGAUUUGUUGGCGAGAAGUAAGGCACGUUGGCGAACGUCAAACGCAUGUUGGCGAAAAGUUGGUUUGUUGGCGCAAGUAAGGAACAGUUGGCGUAGUAGUUGGAUGUGCCCGAGUGUGAUGGUGAUGGCUUCGGUCCGCCUGACUCCGCGACCCGGUGGCCUGACCAUCUGCGGAAAGGUGCCCUAUGGGUUGCGUUUGUGGUUUCGGUCGGUUUAGCAUGACAAAUUCAUGUAACAGCUGAGAGUGUAACAGUUGAGAGCGCCAUAGGCUGUAAAAAGCCGAAGGCCGCGCCGGGAAGAAGUACCAUCGACAAAGUCAUGCCAGAAGCGGACUACAUCGAUUGGGCGCGGCGGUCGGAAUUUUUCGGGAACCUGGACAAGCACUUAGAUGGCGACAGCGAGAUGCCGACGCAGUAGUAGGGGUAGGUGUGGAACAAAGUGUGUGGGGGAGGGGAAGGAUAGAGCGGCAGCUACGUUCUCCUGGGAACUGUGCAACUCCUAGAUUUUUUCAAAUAUAGCAGAAAUCAAAAAAGAGAAGAAGAAGAUGAUGAUGAUUCAAACUUUUACCAAACUCUAUAUCGUGAACUCUUAGCUGAAGCGAUCGCUGACUCCGCGAUCGGUCUACUACAGUAGAAAAAAUUUACGCAAGGACAACUCUAAGUAUUUUGCGGGUGAAAACAACAAACUACCGCCCGCCACAGUCCGACUUCUCGCUGUAAAGGAUGAGUAUAGCAGCAGCUUCUAGUUGUACCAGCUGCUCCUGAUGCGAUUUUUUUAACUUGAAUAUUUUUUUUUCAACUGAAGCUUUUUAUUCAAACGUAUGUGCUGUGAGUUGUCGGAGUAAUCAACAAAGAAGUUCGGCUUCCUUCAAUCUGCGAAACAAAAUUUUGCUGCUUUGAAUGAUCAUUUAUUUCGAAGAAAAUUUUCCGGGACUAGAAAUGAUACCGCCCGAAGAGACUGGUUGUAAGCACAAGAAUAAUGUAGAGAGCCAAAGUGUUUUUUAGUGCAUA